UUUUAAUGAUUCACUGUGGGGUUUAGUGGCUAGGUCUUUCCUUUAGGCAUUCGCUCUCACUUUAAGAACGCGAGUGAUCACGUGUACUAUGAAACGCUACUAGUGGGGAGAAAGUUUUGACAAGGCUCUGACUUGUUCCAAUUUACCGUUGCAAACAAUUGCAAAGACAUCUUACCAACUUUAUAGAAACGCAAUGGACGGGAUUGCUCAGAAAAUGAUGUCAGGAUUCAGUCUUGACUUGGCACCACUGAAAGAGCCUUUGGCGUUUAUUCGAGUCCUAGAAUGGGUAUUCUCUAUAUUUUCCUUUGCUACAACUGGGGGGUAUUCUGGCUCCACCAGCAUUAAUGUUCAAUGCCUAGGGACCACCAUCAGCCAAGAAGUGUCAGCCAUCUUUAGCUACCCCUUCAGGCUGAUGGCACAUUCAUACCAAGUACCCAGCUGUAAGAACGCCACAGGUCCCUCUGAGCUGUUCUUGACCGGGGACCAUUCGUCCUCAGCUGAGUUUUAUGUGUGUGUUGGAGUCUUGGCCUUCCUCUACACCACUGCUAGCCUGGUCCUUCUCCUGGGGUACCAAAAUAUGUACAGAGAGAGCAGUCGUGGCCCCAUUGUGGAUCUGCUGGUGACGGCAGCUUUUGCAUUUCUGUGGCUGGUGUCCUCAUCCGCCUGGGGAAAAGGCCUGACGGACGUCAAGUGGGCCACCAGCCCCUCGGUUCUCGUGAGCCUCAUCCCUGUCUGCAAGGACAUAAGUAACAAGUGCACACCAGGCGCAGUGCCUCACAUGGGCCGCCUCAACUCCUCUGUGACCUUUGGAUUUCUCAACCUCAUACUGUGGGGAGGUAACUGCUGGUUCAUAUUUAAAGAAACUCCCUUCCACAAAUCAGCCACUCCUCCUGCAGAAGUGGAGGAAGGAAUGCGUCCGUCCUAACUAAAUAACACGUAUUUCAAAUGUGUUUAAACAUAACACUUGCUAAAUUUGAAGGUAACAUUUUACAGAAAGUGUCCAAAAUGGUAUGUUGAGUCAAUUGUGGGUGCUGAACAAGUGCAGAUAUUGAGGUGUAGGCACCAUCCGUAGGUCAAAACUAGUAGUCUUUAAUUCAUUUAUUGCUUGAACUUUGGAUGUUUCUCUUAAUUUUUCAUUAGAAUAAGACAGAUUUUCCUAAACGCAUUCAGUUUAACUCUUUCAAACUCAAUGUUUGUUAUAUAAAAAAAUGUGGUUUAUAUUUCAAUUUAAAAUUGUUGAGUAAUUGAUGGGCAGUUCCUGGAAGUGAAUGCCUUACUCCUGUGUUAUAAAUGUAAAUUAAGACACAUUUCAUUAGUAAUAAGCCAGCGAACUCUAGUUCUCUUAUUCAUAGUAUGGUAUGCAAUUAGUACAAUAUUACUCUUGUUACAUAGUUUUUGAAAUGCACAUUCUUAAAUUAACGUUAUAUUUAUUGUGUGUCCAUCUCACCUACCAUAUUUUUUAUAAGAGGGGAAGGCAUGUUUCAUCGUAAUUAACGUCUUGUUAUGCAGUACUGUGCCAUAUUAUAUUUGUGUCCAAUGACAGCCUUCAUAUACCAUGAUUUUGGCCAAUAUGUCGAAAACUUUGUAGGUCCCGGUAAAAUAAUCGCAUUUUGCGAUAGUACAAAAAGUCUGAAAGGAAAAUAUGUAAUGUGGUGUCACAUUCCAGUCUGUAAAUCAUUAAAGGGAAUCGCUGGUUUA